GACAGGAUAUUAUUCAACUAUAAUUAUUGUUCUUCCUUUCUUCUUGACUAGUUUUCCUUGCAAUCACCAUCUUAUCAUCCUGGAAGUGAUUGGGUGCUCCAAGCUCUCUAUUAAGGAAAAAGAAUGGCUGAAAUCAAGGUAGACCCUGUUGACGACCAUACUAUGGUCAUCCCCGAGACUGAAAUCUCAGCUCAAAAGCCUCAUAGAACUCUGCGAGUUGCCUCACUGGACAUUUUCAGAGGCCUUACUGUAGCGCUGAUGAUUCUAGUAGAUGAUGCUGGAGGAGAGUGGCCUAUGAUUGGCCAUGCACCAUGGCAUGGCUGCAACCUUGCUGAUUUUGUUAUGCCCUUCUUUCUUUUCAUUGUUGGCAUGGCCAUUCCUCUUGCUCUUAAGAGAAUACCAAGUAAAGGCAAAGCUGUCAAGAAGGUGGUUUUCAGAACUCUAAAGCUCCUCUUUUGGGGUCUGUUAUUACAAGGAGGGUUUUCGCAUGCUCCCGACAAGCUAACAUACGGUGUUGAUAUGCAAAUGAUAAGGUUUUGUGGCAUUUUGCAGAGAAUUGCUUUUGCAUAUUUGGUGGUGGCACUUGCUGAGAUUUUUCUGAAAGAUGCACAAUCCAAUGAUAUUGCAGCUGGCUAUUGCUCUGUGUUUAGGUUAUAUUGUUGGCAUUGGCUGUUAGGUGCAUGCAUACUUAUACUAUACUUGGCCAUGCUUUACGGGAUAUAUGUUCCAGACUGGCAGUUCGCUGUCCAUGAUAAGGAGAGUGCUGUUUAUGGGAGGGUUUUCACAGUAGACUGCAAUGUGAGAGGAAAACUCAAUCCUCCUUGCAAUGCAGUGGGAUAUAUUGACAGGGAAAUUUUGGGGAUCAAUCACUUGUACCUAAAACCUGCAUGGAGAAGAGCUAAGGCUUGCACCGAGAAUUCCCCUUACGAGGGGCCAUUCAAAAAUGAUGCUCCAUCAUGGUGUCAUGCACCUUUUGAACCUGAAGGAAUUCUAAGUUCAAUAUCUGCUGUGCUGUCUACAAUCAUUGGAGUUCAUUUUGGACAUGUGCUUGUACAUUUGAAGGGUCAUUCCGAAAGACUGAAGCAAUGGAUCAUGAUGGGAUUUGCUCUCCUCAUUCUAGGAAUUGUUCUGCAUUUUACUCAUGCAAUUCCUUUGAAUAAACAGCUAUAUACAUUUAGCUAUGUUUGUGUUACAUCUGGAGCAGCAGCACUUGUUUUCUCAGCCAUAUAUAUUCUGGUUGAUAUAUGGGGUUUGAAGUACAUGUUUGUGCCAUUAAAAUGGAUUGGCAUGAAUGCAAUGCUGGUUUAUGUGAUGGCAGCUGAAGGGAUUUUUGCAGGCUUCAUAAAUGGAUGGUAUUAUGAGGAUCCACAUAAUACAUUGGUUUAUUGGAUUGAAAAGCACAUAUUCAUAGGGGUUUGGAAUUCAAGAAGGGUAGGGAUCUUAUUAUAUGUUAUAUUUGCAGAGAUCCUCUUCUGGGCUAUCAUUGCUGGCAUUUUGCAUCGAUUUGGAAUUUAUUGGAAGCUUUGACAGUUCCCUAUCUUAUUAGGUAAAUUAUUUGAUAUGGUAAAUUUUUAAACUGUAAAAAUAUUAAAAGAUUGUAUUAUAAGAGUUCAAAUAUUUCCAAAGAUACCGUAUCAAAUAUUAAAAUCUUAUGUAAUCAUGUUAGGCUUUUGUUUUCAA